AUGAAGAUAAUCCUCACUGGCUCCACCGGCUUCAUCGGCGCCGAAAUAUUGACGCAAUGCAUUGCCCAUUCCUUCAUCACCCAUAUCUACGUUCUCACCCGACGACCACUCGACACACAAUUCUCGCACAAGAAAGUCACGCAACUCCUUCACGAGGAUUUUGAGAAGUACCCUGAAGUGCUGCUCGAUCGCCUGCGUGAUGAAGGCGUGCAGGCUUGCAUUUGGGCGCUCGGAGGUAAACCUGAGGCCUUCAAGGAUAUCGAUGAGGCGCGCGCGGUCGGCAUCAGUUAUCCCAUCUGUGCGGCCGAGGCCUUUGCGAAACAUCUCGCGCCUGCACUGAAGCCAUAUAAGGGCUAUCCGGAGAAACUUGGACCGGCGGUCGGUGAAGCUGGUUUCCCUUUUCGGUUUGUAUUCAUCUCAGCAUGGGGUGCUGAGCAUGAUCAAUUCCGGAAACUCUGGAUGUCCAAUGACACGAGGAAGAUUAAA